AUGAAUUUGUAUUUAGAAUAAGCCGCUGAAGAGUUCGAAUAAGCCAUUUCAGACGCUGAUCAAUUGUUAGCAUUAACAAAGGCUACUCUUCAAAAAUUUACAAAUUAUCUGAAAAGGAAAUAGUAAGAAAAAAUGGAGCGAAGAUAUCAUUUGAAUAAUAUUACAGAGGACUCUAAUAGCAUGAAACAACUAGAUAAAUAAUCAUAUAAUCAAUUGAAGAUAUUGGAAUAUUUUAAUAAGUUUCAUAAGGAAGUGGAUAAAUAAUUAAGAGAUUUGAAAGAGAUGGUUCCCUCCAAUCCAUAAACAUAUGUAAUUGAGGAAUUAAAUCAAUAAGAGUAAACAAAUAAAUAGACUGAAUAAAAAGUCCCUUAAAAAAUUGUACAGCAAGAUUAAAAAUUUUACCCAUUGUUCAAAUAAACAAGGAAUCCAGGUCAGCCAGGCCAAAAUUCUUAUAACCAGAGUUAAUCUACUUUAGGUCAAUAAUAAACACAUCUCUAAUUGCAAGUCUAAUAAUUAUAAGCAUAGAACUCGACAUAAUUUUAGACUUAAUAAAAUUAAAAUACUUAAAAAGAAAAUAACUAAUAAAGGGUUACAACUUAAAUUUAAAAUUCAUCCGAACAGUAGACGGAAACAAUCAAGCCAAUAUUGAAACAAAGGCAAGAAAUAAAGGAAUCGGUCAUAACCUUUGGGAGAUUAUAGAAAUUUUAAUAUUAGAAAUUAAUAUAUCCAAAGUAAAAUGAGGGUAAUUGUGCAUUUUGUGGGUUGGAAGCAAAUGAUUAAAAUUUAGGGUCUCUUUUAUUAAUACCUUCAAACAAUAAUUCAAGUUAGAAGUAUUAAAUACAUGAGAUGUGUGGAUUAUGGAGUUAGAAUUUGGUGUUUUUUAAUGGGUUAGAAUAAAGUGAUCCAAAGAACAUAGAUGAAGAGGUUGAGAAAUCUAAGAAAACUAGGUGUUUUUUGUGUAGUAGAGCGGGAGCAACAAUUUGUUGUGCAGUGUGUCCUUAAUCAUUUCAUUUUACCUGUCUAAUGAAGAGUUCCCAAACAGGCAAAUUGAUAGAGAAUUAGUUUAAAUUUUUUUGUGAUAAGCAUAAAUAUAAGGCUAGAUUGGAGGUGUAGAAUUCAAGUGAUGAAGAACAAUAACCUAAGAAGAGGAAGAAGGUUCAAUCGAAAUUAAAUACAUCAAAAUCGAUGAUAAAGAAUAGUCCAAAAAGAGGGAAAUCUCCAGCUUCAUAAUAAGCAAUAUUGCAGCAAUGUUUAAAGAAUAAGGAUGAUGAUUCGAAACGUUAAUGGGUCACUUCUGAUCUUAUUUAUUUUAAUUUACCUUAAUGGGCAUCUAUUGAGUAAAAAGUAGGUGACAUUGAUCAAUCAAUGAUAUAGAAUAAGCAGUAGCAUCCUCAAACUAACUUUUAAUCGGAUAUCAAAUAGGAAUAAAUCAAUUGA